AUGAAAGAGCUACAAACGCAUGCCGAAAUAAAGGUAAAAUUUUAAUAUUAAUGUAGAUUUAAAAUGUACUGAGUGAAGUAAUUUGAUACACCAUGUUUGUACAUUUUUGCGGUGACCUUCGCCUUAUAUAGGGCUGCCAGGAGUUUUCUGCGAUUAUAUGAACAAUUGUCUACUGCUGUGCACGUCUGGUCAGAUCUGGUGGUAAAGUAAAUUGAGCUGAUUUUAUCAAAUCACCGUCGUCCUGCUACAAACUCUUUACAAACCUAUGAACUACAAACUGAGUAUUACCAGAGUAUUACAUUGUACAAGGUCGCGUGUAAAGAUUCGUGCACUGUCGCAAGCGGGGUCACGCAGAUAUAGAUGUGUCACGCCAGCAUGAAAAUACGUACAUAUUGUUGCUUGACAAUCAUUGUCAUACUCUUGUAUUUUCUCAAGUUUACACGCAGCCAUCUUGCAAUUCCAAUAGCGCAGACCAGUGGCAAUGAUACCAAAUGUUUGAAAAAUCAACAUCGAAUCACCCCGUGUCGAACAUUAAAGUAUGCGCUGCAAUAUACUCUUGCGUCAAAUGAAACGUCUGUGAAUAUCAUCUUUGUCGAAGAUUAUCGAUUCUCGAGGAUUCAGCCUCUUCAGAUUCACACGAACGAAAAUCAGACGUUGAUAUUUUCUAAGCUACCGGAUUACGUUCCUCCUCUUACUGAUAUUAACUUAAACUGCUCACGCGACGCGCACGGCAUUUUCGACGUGUAUGGACCAAAUCUGAUUUUGGAAUUUCAUAAUAUUAUCUUUGCGAAUUGCGGUCAAGGAAAUGAAGACGUUAUGCCAGUAAUAUUAGCGAAGUACACCAAGAAAGUGUCAUUCUAUUCCUGUAUCUUUCGAGACAAUGUAUGUGGUGCUUUCUUUGCUAUAAACACCGAUAUCCAUAUUGAAUACUCCCGAUUUCAAAACAAUUCAUUUCACUCCAGUGAAAGACUUUACAAAAAGUCCAAUGAUGUGAGUGCAUUUAGUGGUGGAGUUGGUAUUUUAUUUCAGUAUGAACGAAGAAAUAUGUCAGUAAAUGUUUUUUAUACUAUAUUUAUUGACAAUCGUGUACAUGUUGACGACAGUAAAUAUUACGUUGCUCGAAAGCCGGAAAACGCUGUGGAAAAUGGUGGGGCGAUGCAUGUUACCUUCAUCAAUAAGUCGACGUUUUGGACCACAAUAAACAUAACGUCGUGUUAUUUUGAAUCGAAUAAAGCCACAUUUGGUGGUGCUUUACUGAUUGAGCUUUUUGGCACAACAUUAUACAAUAAAAUAUUUAUAAGUUCAACUCAUUUUAUAAGGAAUUACGGCAGCCAAGCUGGUGGAGCUUUUCUUCUUUCAUUGUGGGGCUUUUCAGCUAAAACCGAGCUAACCAUGGUGGAUUCUGUUUUUUUUGAAAACUGGUCAAAAAGUGGCGGUGCUAUAUAUGUUAUCCUUCAAUCAAACUAUAGUUUACCACACGAAAACAAAGAAAUAUUAUUAUUCAAACGACUAAAUGUUAGUCGGAAUGCAGGACCCGCAGCCUCAAGUGUAAAAAUUGUAUCUCAUCUCUUUGGUCCACGGUCCGUUGAUCAGGUCCCCAUCUUUGAAAAUUGUUCGUUUAUGAAUAACACAAACGGUGUUUUGAAUGGUUAUGCUCAGUUGGCUUCAUUCAUCAUGGAUCGCGUUAAUAUUGAAUUUCAUGGUACAAAUACGUUUAGUGGAAACACCGUCUUCGGUGCAGUUUAUUUCAGCAAUUCUUAUAUUCAUGUUUAUGGCAAGCUGCAUUUUCUUGGAAAUGUUGGCUUGCAAGGUGGUGCAAUUUCAAUGCAAAAUUCUCAGAUAGUUGUACAUCCGGGAUCUGAGCUACUCUUCCAGGAUAACUACGCUACGUUCGGAGGCGGGGCAAUCGAUGUUGUGACAAAUGGUGUUUAUCAUGUUGGUGUCAUAAACAAUCAGUUUUGUUUUCUUGUUUAUUCAGAGCAUGACAAAAUUCCUAAUGAAUGGAAAGUAAGUAUAAAUAUAUAUGUAUGAUGUUUGCGAUGUUACUCUGAGUGUGCAUCCCGACACCCUGAAAACUUGAUUUGCCUGACCACGGUGGGAAUCGAACCUGCGACCUUUGGGAUAGUAGUCCAAUGGCAAUGUUCUCUCUACCAACUGAGCUACGAGGUCAAGUCGGUUCGAAUUGGUGAUAUUUCGGAACUCAGUCUCGUUCCUUCGAUAUCAAUGUAUUCUAUAUGCUGAGCUUUUUGAAACGAUUCAUUUAAUCCAUUUAAAUCCGUUCAGGGAGGGUUUUUAAAAUUUUUGUAUUAUUUUUUAGUUUGAUUUUUGAGUCUUUACUGCCUCGGUUUGUUUUGGCGCGAAACGUGACAGGUCAAAGCCUACAUCAUAGACUCAAACUCGUUCCUCACGUAGAGGAACGAGUUUGAGUCUAUAUGACGUAGGCUAGACAGGUCUGUAAAGGCAGAUUUCCAGUCAAGCGGUUUUUUCGCGUAAAUUCAGGUUAUAGAUUCAUGUCUCGCUAUUUAUAAUGCUAACCCUAAUCCCCACCCUAACCCUAACCGCUAACCCUAUUAGCGAGACAUGAAUCUAUAUCCUAAAUUGAGGUUAUAUAUAGAUUCAUGUCCUCGCUAUUUAUGAAUGCUAACCCUAAUCUAGCCUGCGUAGCAGGCGUUUAGUAACCCUAAUCCUAACCCUAACUCAUAAACAGCGAGACAUGAAUCUAUAUCCUAAAUUGACGUAAAAUUCGUUUCCAGUAAUGCGUUCUCAUAAUAAUCUGGAUAUACCCUAUCAAUACCCAUUCAAGAGAGGCUUGGGGCAAGUCCAAGUAAUGCGCAAUAUAAAUAUCAAAAUGACCAUUUUGCAUUCAUGCAUUUUUUUCACGGGAUCUCAAUCAACUUUCUGAUUGGGUGAGACAUUGCGCGUGUAAAACGUUGAACCGCCGUACGUAAAAAAAAAAGGAUAAAAAACGCAGCAUUGGAAAUCAGCCUUAACGUGUGCGAGAGCUGCCUUGUCCCUCGUCGUUUCAGUUUCGAAUAGAGAUCAGUGUGAGAACAAUGGGCGGCGGGGCAAGGCGAGGCUAGUGGGAAUGCAUGAAUCGCGACCGCGCGUACCGCGUACGAAUGAGGGACUGUGGAAGAGUCAGGUGCGAGAGGUCCGUAUUGCGUGAUACGGAACUCUCGUCAACCAAUCAGAAGGCUCCAUUUACGUUACGGACCUGGGAUUACAAACCGGAAAAAUAAAUGAUUGUAUUUCAAAGAGAUUUCAUUUAUUAAGCUAUGAAUACCUAUACAUACAUGUUUAUCUGACUGAUUGUAGAUCUACUUAAUGUAUCUGAAAAUACUAGGUAAACUUUACUUGACGUGAUCAAAACGGACAAAACAUCAUUAUAAAUAUUAAUUUUUAUUUAAAAUUAACCAAACAAAUCGCAUUCACCUGUGUAUAAAAUAUACCCUGUUGUCUGAUAUCUAUAUUCUUCGCCUAUAAUGACCUAAUUUAAUUUAGUCUGGGUAACGCUAUCCUGGUUCCAGAAGCUCUUAAAGUCGUGUUUACACUACGAGCCUUGGCCUAGCCUUGGCCAGGCCAAGGCCGGUAAAUGUGGCGCGUUUUACACCAUUACACUAUUUUUUUGAGACAGGCUCAUUUUGGCCUAGAAUUUUGUUAUUAAUUUUGUGUAUUUUUAUGUGUUGUGACGUUGUCCGCUGGUUGUCCGCUAAUCUCUCACUGUGAGCACAGGUUGCCAUGAAAAUAAGGCACAGGCCAGGGCCGAAAGUGUUUACAUUUCCACAAGCCUAGGCUUAGGCCACCGGUUGUAGUGAGCCCACAUUUCCUGGCCUAGGUCAGGCCAAGGCUAGGCGAAAGUCUCAGCUACACUGUCAAAAUGUAGGCCAAGGCUAGGCCAAGGCUGGUAGUGUAAACACGACUUUAAAGAACGGCGAAGCAAAAGCCUCUGAAACCAGGGUAGGUUUAAUGGCUCAUGAAUUAGCCUUUCUCACAAAGGGGGGGGGGGAGGUCGCCAAAAUAAUUUUUCCGGAAAAAAUUUUUUUGGGCAAUGUGGAAUUUUUUGGGCAAAAAAGCUACCGCCCCCCCCCCCCCCGAAUUUAGCGGCCCCGUACGCCUAUGCGGAGACUCUCAAACGUGGGAGAGGCAGUACUCCAAAAAGAAAGGCUAAUUGAUGCCACCCACCACCACCACGGCGCCAGAAUUGAAAGAUCUAGGUAUUUCUGCACAAUGGACCUUUCCCCUUAUAACUAAAAUCUCGAUCUAGACAAAAAUUUCAUCACAGCUUGAAAGAGCGUCACAAAAUUAGUAAUACUCCAAAGUUUUGUUGCAAAAUCUUGUAAAAUGCGGAUAAUAUAGCCUUGCGAAGUUUGCCGUUUUUCAGUCAUUUUGUAUUACAAACGGGAAAUUGACAUGGCUGCAAUUUCCCGUUUGUAAUGCAAAAUGACUGAAAAUUGCAAACUUCGCAACGCUCUAUUUUCCUCAUUUUACAACAUUUCGCAACGAAACUUUGGAAUAUUAUUAAUUUUGUGAUGCUCUUUCAAGCUGUGAUGAAAUAUUUGUCUAGACUUGCCUAGAUCAAAAUUUUGGUUAUAAGGGGAAAGGUCUAUUAGCGGAUUAGUUUCAAACGUUUAGCUAUAUAUUGGCUGAUCAGAUCUUUAAAACAUCAAAUGCUGUUGACAAAAUAUGUAAAUGGUGAUAAAAAAUAACAAAGCACACAUUUUUUAUUAAAAUACGUAAGACAUCAAGCAACCGUUUUAAGCAAGAAGAUGUUCAUGUACAGGUGUGAUAACACUCGUAACUUCGUUUAUGUUUCAGGUAACUAUCAAAUUCAUUAACAAUAGCGCAGCUUUACGAGGUCCAGCAAUUUGUAUUGAUUCAUUACUGAUGUGUGCGUGGGAUUCCAAUUCUAAAAAAGUAGAUUUUUAUCAAGCUUUAAAAUGGAAACCAACAUUUCAUUACGAAGGCAAUGUGUUGUGUCCUGAUCCAGGUAUUUUUCAACAAUGUCAUCAAUCAGCCAAUGGCACCAAUGGCAACGCUAUCUCGACAUUCGCUUCCACGCUCCAGGAAAGGAAUGGAAUGCAAACAAUUAAGGUAUGUCAGGGUCUUGAAAUGAUAAAAAACCCAAUCUCGUUCCCCGAGCCUGCGACCUUCGUUUCCUUCCCAAGGAUCGCAGGCUCGGGGAAUGAGGUUGUAAAAAACCGACCUAGCUUUUACACACCUCUGUGAAAACCAUUUUUGCAAUACAGGGACGUGCUGACUAUGGACGAGCCAACGAGAACUUGUUGUGGGGCCCUGCCAUCAUAGGCACCUAAAAUGAAAACAUUGGAAAAAAUUAAAAAUAUAGAAAGAUUAAGACCUUACAACCUUACAAUUUAUAUUGUAAAAAUUUAAAUUUACAAAAAUAUUACGGAAAUAUUUAACAAAAUUACGGUAUGUGCGGAAACAUUUUUGUAUGUCCGGAAAAAUUACGAUAUAUCUGGAAAACGUUUUGUACGUCUGGAAAAAAUUUGCGACCCAACACCAGCACCCCCCCCCCCCCCCCCCCCCCCCCAACAAUUUUGGGGAAAAAAUAUUAAUAUUGACGCAUUUGUCACCGGGCCUGGGCCCCAUCGGACAGACAUUGCUCAUUCGUUGUCCUUUUUAAGAUACCAGCACGUCCCUGUUGCAAUAGAAAAACCAUCUUACUUUCCUCCUUAGCAUUGUUCAGUCAUGCAACACCAAGUUGAUAACUUGUUGCCGAUAAGACUUGCCGAUAUCAUCUGGGAACAAGUUGUUCCGUUUUUAUGUGCCGGUGUUUAAAAGUUAUGAUCAAAACUCCAGUGGCGAGCUAGAGAUCGCGAUCCACAAUUCAUGCUGUUGUGCACAGUAUAGGACAAAUCUUUUUUUUCAAGCGCAAAAUUAAUUCUGUUAUUUACGUUUACUUACAACAUAUGCUUAAAUACUUGGGUUGACUGAUAAAUUCAGUGAACAAAAGAUCUCAACAGAAUCUCGUCCGGUUAAUCGGAUUUGGUCGUGGGUCACGAAACUGCAUAAAGGCUUUGCAAAUACAAUACUGUUAAAUGUGAUUUAAUAAAUUGAUGACAACGGAGUAUAUGCCUUCAGAAAUAUUUGGGAAAUAAAUAUGUUAACUUACUGAUUGAUUGAUUGAUUGAUUGAUUGAUUGAUUGAUUGAUUCGUUCAUUCAUUCGUUCAUUCGUUUAUUCAUUGAAUUGUUGAUUGAACUCUGAUGUUUUAGACUUGUCCUGGCGAGGAAGCUGUAUUGGAUAUUAUUGCGAAAGAUGAACUAAAUAAUUCAGUGUUUACGGUAAUUGCUGAUAAAUUACCAUCUCUUAGUUGGCUGUCGUCCCCUGAAUCAUUCACCGCUAUUCAACCACACGGUAGCAAAGUAAGAUUCAAGUACACUUAUAAUGCAGACUUUGUUAUCCCAAUUAACCAAACCAUUGAUGUGUAUUAUUAUGAUCUGUUUUCCGUUGGUCGAGUGUCCAAGCGCUUCACUCUACGUCCUCAACCAUGUCGACCUGGAUUCGUUCAGAAAAAUGGCUCGUGUGUUUGUGAUAGAAGUAAAACUGGAAUUUUGGGGUAAGUGCAUGUAAUGGCUUUCAAAUUAAAAUCUAAAUUCUUCAACUUAUCGCCAAAAGAACCAUUAAAAUUCCAUUGCUCAUUUUACCUUCCGUGACUAUCUUUGCAGCUUUACUUAUGUCUUAUUAUGCAUGAUCCUAACGAAUGGGUAGGGAUAAAACGCUGAAACUGAAUCGCGGAAACGGAAACUAAAAGCGGAAACUGAAAUGGGGAUAAAACGCUGAAAUGGGGGAUAAAACGCUGAAAUGGAGGGUAAAACGCUGAAAUGGGGGUAAAACGCUGAAAUGGGGGUAAAACGCUGAAAUGGGGAUAAAACGCUGAAAUGGGGAUAAAACGCUGCUAGACCAUUGCGAACACAUGUAAUUUGCCUAUAAAACUGAAUAAAUAUAAGAAAGAAGUUCCCGGUAAAAUGACAACCACAAAUUUUCGAAGAACGAAUUUUAUCUGACAGUUUAUCUUAUUAAUCUACAAUUCUCUCAUUUCCAUCUUUGGGCGUUGUUUCCUGUCAUAGAGAAGUGUGGGUUCUACACGGCCAAAAACGCUGAGCCUGCUGUACUGUACUGUACUGUACUGUACUGUACUGUACUGUACUGUACUGUACUGUACUGUACUGUACUGUACUGUACUGUACUGUACUGUACUGUACUGUACUGUACUGUACAAUGUACAACAGGUUGUAACAAUAUUAUGCUGACCUAUUUUUUACAGUUAACAACAUUGAACAAUAUUAUUCAUCUUGAAUGGGGUGCAACAAUGCUGAACAAUAUUGUUAACAUUCGUGAACAAUAGGUGUAGCACAUUGUUGCAACCUGUUUUUAUCAACAUUGCAACUACAAGUUCAUGAUUUUUACGUGCACAUUGAUACACAUGCAGGAGAGGAAAAACUUUUUUCCGAUUUAGACACGUGUCCUGACAAUUCCCGGGAAAUUCCUGUGACACCGGUUUUACACCCAAAAUACCAGCCAUAUGGCAGUGUCAAGAUAGUAUGCUAUCACAAAAAGUUGAGUUCGAAGUUAUAUGGAGAGAAUUGUAGAUUACAUUAUUAAUAAAAGAUAAACUGUCAGGUAAAAUUCGUUCUUCGAAAAUUUGUGGUUGUCAUUUUACCGGGAACUUCUUUCUUAUAUUUAUUUAGUUUUAUAGGCAAAUUACAUGUGUUCACAAUGGUCUAGCAAACAACGAAUUCGAUUAAAUUUGCCCAUUUCAGCGUUUUAUCCCCAUUUCAGCGUUUUACCCCCAUUUCAGCAUUUUACCCCCAUUUCAGCGUUUUAUCCCCAUUUCAGUUUCCGCUUUCAGUUUCCGUUUCCGCGAUUCAGUUUCAGCGUUUUAUCCCUACCCCCUGACGAACAGCGUUCUCUCACUUUAACGCGUUAAUAGCGUUCUCUCACUUUAGCUAGUAUUAAGUACAUAACGGGGAAGGGUUUGAGGGUGAAAAUCAAUGAAACAAGGUAAAAAUCUAAAUUCACGCUUCAAAAAAUUUUCUUUGUGUUGCCUAAUGUAUUUGCAUUCACUAUACUUGAAUUGUAGAGCCUGUUUCAAACCUUGCGUUUCUUGUGUGCCAAACGCAUUAAAAACAAUAGAUAAUCAGCUGAAAUGUUUCUAAUGCAUUUGGCACACGAGAAGCGCGACGUUUGAAACAGGCUUUACAAGCUCUCAUUUUUCACAGAUCAUUAAUGAUCCAUAAGCGUACAGGGCCGAUCCUUUCCGAUAAGUUGCCCAAACUUUUAUGGAGCUCGAGAAUUGUAAUAAAAAUAAACUGAACUCUUUAAUAAUUAAGGGCUUACGACUCGCAUAUUGGUGACCGUCUUGCCCAUUUGUCCAGUUUUUAAAUAUUUUAUUUCUCUUACGUAUACAAUAAUUAAAUUACAUUAAAUGUUAUGUAAUUCUUCUUUUGGUCUUUCGUUUAUAGAUGCAAUGGUGUGACUGGGGUUUAUUGUUUAAUGUAAUUUCCUCUUUUUCAAAAGUGUUUAGUGUUAAAGUAGCGAACAUUUUACAGUUUAAUGUUAGAGAAAACUUUACAUUUUAUUGCUAAGCUGCCAAAUUUGAUAUUUUGGUGUAAUAAUUUAUGCUCCAAAUUAAAGUGCACAUACAGCGAUUUGGAAUUUUACAUAUUUCUGACAAUGAGUACACUAAGACGAAAUGCAUUAUAUUUUUUAAGAGAAAACGUCAUGCAUCCUCAUUGUCUUUUUCCCUCUUUAAAAAGCUGCCAGAAGUGACUUAAAAUAAGGCAUUUUUAUGGCAGAGACAAAAACAAACUGAUUUAACGUCACAUCCUAUACCUUUAACAGCCAAAAAAUGUAGUUUUUCUCUAAGAAAAUAUAUUGCAUUUCGUCUCAGAAUGUACUGAAUAUCACAAGUAUGUAAAAUUCCUGUGUGUGAAAAAUAAUAAGUGUUAAAGAGCACAAAAUUGUGACGUUUAAUGUUGUUAUGAUUCCCUAUCUAGAUUCUCAGCUAACGAUACAAAACAAAUCGUUUUUCUUGCCAGAUGUACAACAGAUGGUCACUAUGUACAGUAUAAAGAAGGUUAUUGGGUUGGUGUAGUUGAUCAUGCUUUUACAAUAUUUCCAUGUCCUUUUGGUUACUGUUCUUGUCCCAAACCUCCACAACAUGGUACAGCAACAAGUGGUUGUUUUUUCAAUGCUGUCAACAGAACUGAUCAUGAAGCAUGUGCGAACAGACGCUUUGGUACCCUGUGUGGUAAGUGCCAGGAUAAAUACACGGUUGGGAUUCAAACUUUCCGGUGUGUUCCACGACAACAACAUACCGCAUGUAUAUGGACUACUGUUUUCUCAUUCAUUUUCACACUUUUGUUCUGUAUUCUCAUUCUUUAUUUUAAUCCUGGAUUAGAUAAUGAACUUCGAGGUCCAUUGUUCUUUUUUCAAGUCCUUCCAUUAUUCUUUCCUCCUGUUCAAACGCAAGUAACUUUUAAUGUUUAUAAUUUUGUUGUCUUCCUGGCAUCGAUAUUUGAUUUCACAAUCCCAUUCUUUGGUUAUUUCUUUUCCAAAUGCUAUAUUCUAAAUGAUCAAGAUAAUUUAGAUAUGUUGGCAUGGAGCUAUAGUUCUUCUGUAAUAGCUUCACUUGUCUUCCUUGUUGCCUUACUCCUCAGUUAUAAACGUGUGAUUCUUAUAAGAAGAAAAAACGCUGUACAGUGUUUCUGGGUUUUGUUAAUACUCAUGUAUUCCAGCCUCAUGAUGACAUCGUUACGUAUUGUUGACUGUCCUUUAAUCCAAGGAAAGUUUCGUCUCUAUCUACAAGCAUCAGUGACAUGUCGUGAAAGAACUAGGCAUAUAGUCUUGUCAAUUGUAGCAUACAUUUUGCUAGCAGGUGGAAUAGUAAUACCGAUGUUGAUCGUUGUUUCGACGAAAACCAACCGACUAAAGAUUGCUCCACAUUAUUUGGAUACAUUAACAAAUAAACUGAAAGAAGGACGUGUAUUUUGGUGGAGUGUGGAUCUCUUACGUCGUUUUCUUAUCGUUGCUUUGGGUAAUCUCAUUCACAUCUGGAAGGAGAAGCAGGUAUGUACUAGAAGUUUGUUAAAUUUUUGGAACUCUAAGUGUAGUUUUCCCACGUUUGACGUCAUUAUGAAAAAGCAUCGAUGAAAAACCUAUGACGUCAAAAACGUAUAAAAUAUUUAAAGAAAAUAAAACAGGCAAAUAAUUAAUUUAAAAAAAAUCUUUGACGUUGGAAGGACCCCCAGUUGUGUGUGAAUGCCAAAAUUCUACCUAUUCUGGAGACUCAAUCUAUUUGAAAAUACCACUUUCCAACCACCGAUUUUGUUAUCAUAUUUUUAUUUAGAAGAAUAAUUUUAGAAGAAUAAUAUUUUUAUUCAUUUCAUUUUUUCAAUUUAGGUUGCUUUGGUACUCGCUGCAACAUUUAUUCUGAGCAUCCAUUGUUACUUCCAGCCAUAUGAAGAAACACGAGCCAAUAUUUCAGAAAUGAUUUUCUUGUUUGUGUUAUCUGGAUUGGGUAUCUUUCAGUUGAUGGAUAUUGAUGAUGCUGAUCGAGACAAAACCAACUUGGCCAUUGUUUGUAUCAUGUUGUUCUAUACCAUCAUUCUGGUUGCCAUCAAGCUUGUAGUGUUUGUACAAAAUAGGACCAAGCCUGCAGUAGACAACGAAGGAUAUGAAAGACUCGAGGGAGAACCUUCUACCAGUGCGACGUCUCCAACAAUUGCCGUCACAGAUCAAUCUCUUGAAGAAAGACGAGAAAAACUUGCAUUUUUGUUCUCCAGAUCAGAAUCUCCACGCCCAAAAGCGGAACGCAGAAUUUAACAAACAACGAUGCUGUAAACUAAACAUAGUCUGUGUAACGGAACAUUAAUUUAAACAACGAUAAUAUUAAAUUUUAUUAAAUUUUAAGCUAAACCACGAUAACCGUGACAAAACUAAAUCACGCGAUAUAUAACUGUUGUGGUCGUUACAAAAUCAAUGGACUAGAGGGAGAACCUUCUAUACCUUUAUAGUAUGCUAAGCUAAGCUUGAUAAUAUAAAGGCUCCGUCCAAAUUAACACGAGUAUAAUGAUUCUAAAUUGUUUUUAACUAUCUAUAUACUGAACAAAAUAGUUAAUCUUUCAAUGUUUCAGUGAUGGCAAAAAGUUGAACAAAAUAGUUAAUCUUCAGUUUUACCUUUCUUAAAAUACUUUUGAUACUUUACCUUUCUAAUUUCUAAAUACGUAAUUAGAACGGACGACAAAACUAUCACAAUAUAAGAUUUAUUAUAUUAAAGUAAGUAUGUAAACUAGGGGUCUAAAUUCAAAAGCCUCUACAGGUUUCUAUAGACUCCUAGCCCAGCAUCAAUAAUUUUGUACAUACAUUUACAUGUUACUAAUAUUUCAUAAUAACAUGACCAUGGGGGGAAUCACUUACCAAAAGUUA